UGCUGGCGGCGGCCGCGGGAUGGAGGCGGCGGGAGGCGGCGGAGCCCCGGGCCCGACCCGGGCCCGCCCGGGACAGCCCCAACCCCAACCACAAUCACAACCACAACCACAGCCACAACCACAACCACAACCUCAGCCCAAGGGCCGCGAGCUCUUCCGCAGCCAGCGCAAGGAAUCCGAGGGCUCCGUGGAUUGUCCCAACCUGGAAUUUGAGUACGGGGACGCCGACGACCACAGCGCUGAGCUGGCAGAGCUGUACAGCUACACCGAGGAGCCUGAGCUGAGCCACAACAGGAGAUGCUUCGAGGAGGAUUUUCACACUCAAGUGCCGGGCAGGAGGUGGCUGGAGCUGGACAGGGCUCAGCAGAAGGCCUACGUCAUGCGCCUGCUGGAUGGGCUGGAGGUGGUCAACAGGGACAAGAGGCUCAGAGUAGCACGGGCCAUCCUGUACCUGGCACAGGGUGUCUUCGGGGACUGUGAUAAUGAAGGUGAUGUCCUGCACUGGUCUCGGCACAACAGCUUCCUCCUGUACCAGCUGGGAACCUUCUCUGCCUUCCUGGAGCUUCUCAACAUGGAGAUUGAGAACAGCCAGGCCUGCAGCAGCGCCCUGAGGAAACCGGCCAUCUCCCUGGCCGACAGCACGGAGCUCAGGGUCCUGCUCAGUGUCAUGUACCUGAUGGUGGAGAACAUCCGUGUGGAGCAGGAGACGGAUCCCCCCGAGUGGAAAACCUGCCGGGAGACCUUCAGGAUGGAGCUGAGUUUCCCUGUGCACACUGAGGAGCCCUUUGCUCUGCUGCUCUUCACCAUGGUGACCAAGUUCUGCAGCGGCCACGCUCCGCACUUCCCCAUGAAGAAGGUCCUGCUCCUGCUCUGGAAGGUGCUCCUGUUCACGCUGGGCGGGUUCCAGGCGCUGCAGGCCAUGAAGGUGCGGCGGCGGGAGGAGCUGGGGCUGCCGCCCCUGCCCGAGGACAGCAUCCAGGUGGUGCGGGGGAUGCGAGCGGCCUCCCCGCCCACCUACGCCAUCGAGCUCGUGGAGCAGCAGCAGCAGCAGCAGCAGAAGCAGCGGAGCCACCGCAGCCGCAGGCCCCUGAUGAAGCAAGACAGUUUGGAUAUCUACAACGAGAGAGAUCUCUUCAAGAACGAUGAAGGAGGGGUUGAUGAAGAGGAGAACGAGGACGUGGACAGCGGGAUCGAGGGGGAGCUGGACCUGAUGGAGCGGGACACGAUCAUCCCCGCGAUGCCAGCUCAGCGCCUGCCCAUCGAGAGGGUGUCCUUCCCCAAGGGGCUCCCCUGGGCCCCCAAAGUCAGGUAAAGCCACCUGCUGUCACCGCCAUCGUCCCCAGCCCUGCCUGUCCCACAGUUCCUUGAAGUUUUUUGGGAAGUAUUGGGAAGUUUUUUUAGCCUCUGGCAAGCUGAACUGAAGUGACUUCACUUCUCUUUUUGUCAGGGUUGGUCCUUUCUAGAUUGGCCACUUGCCACGUUUGGUGUGUAAAGCCUUGGGGAAGAGCUCAGCUCAACCCAGCCCAAGGCAAUAAAUGGGCAAACCAACUUAUUGCCUAAUAAGUGGUGAUCUAAUUUUGGAUAUCCCAGGUUUUACUGGGAAGGAGGCUGUGCUGCGGCGCUGUGGGAGCAGGGUCAGCUUUCCCAACCAGGUCCCAGUGGAUCUUGGUAGCACAAAGUCCUUGACUAAUCAUCUUAGGAGCUGGUUAAUGACACCUUGUUGGGUGAGUAGGACCCCUGUGUUGCCAGGUGAAGCCUUUUUUAGUGGCAGAGAGAAACAUCUAAGGAUAAAGGUGUUGGUGCCUUUCCUUCUAAGGCAGCUAUCCACACAUGAAAUGAGGGAAUGUUAGGAAAAGAGGGUGAAAACCUCUGCCCCUUUCCCUCUGAUCCAUGUGAGGCUUUUUUUUUGCUGUUUAUCCCAAGCCUAGAUUUAAUCCAGUAUCUUUAAAACACAGUAGCAAA